GCGGGCACACACAAGAUUCGAGUAAAAUACUCCAAUCUUUGGUUAAUUUAGCCAGUAGCCUUGUGCAAGCGGUAGCGUUCACAUCGCGAUUUGGAAGAAAACCUCGUGGUAAAAGUGCUCUCUUGGUGGAAUCAAGCUUUCUUGCUUGAAUCAGUUGGUGUUUUUUGUGGUGAUGGUUCUCCUUGGAGUGAUAGUGUUUUUCUGGUGAAUUGAAAUAACCUUGUGGAAAGUGUUGGAACAAUUUCCAGCUAGUGCUUGAGAGGUUAAAGUGUGAUGUUUGAUUGGAGCGAAGUUUCAUGAAGUGAAUUUAAACAAUUUCGUGAUUUAUGCGUUGACUACGUAUUGGGUGUUUUAAAGUUAAUGGUCAUUGACAAAAAAAAAACUCAGUUGAAAAUAAGUGCUAAAAAGAAUGAGAUUAUAGAAAAAUUUUUUUGGCGAAAACAAGGAUCUCCAUCUGAAGUAAAAUAUUGUUCCAUUCAGCUGUAACCAUAAAAAUCAAAGCCGAAACAAUUUGGUGUGAAAGUGCGAACAAAUCAUCGAGAAUCGUAACGACGAGAACGGCUUGAAGGUCCAGGAGACACCAAAAGUGGCUCCUCGAAAGAAGACAAAAGUACAAUUAAUGAGUUAACUUUGGUGCUUGCCAAGAGGGUGUCGUCAUCAGGAAUCUGUGUCGAGUGCGGUGCGGGUUCUUGCUACAUUGAGAAAAGCUGGUGGUGAUAUCUACGUUGCGCUGUGGGGCAACUGGUGUUGUGGGAAAACAUUGUGGUUUCGUUAGUGUCCGGAAGUGGUGAGCAAAACGAACGAAGAAAAGUGAACAAUUUUUUGACAAUUAAGAGCGAUGAGUGUGUGCUGUUCUGUGCUGCCGGCGUUGCUUUAGGCUCAGGCUGGUUCUGAUGGUCGUUGAAUUUUGGUGAUUGGUGCUUUGGGAAGACUUGUGUUGACGCAGAAAAGGCGACGGACCUUGAACAGAUCAACUGCAUCCCAAUCGGAACGGAAGUGUGCAGCAGCAGCACGCCGUUGGAUAAACAUCAAUUGCCAUCCCGUCAUAUCGCAACGCAAUAUCAUCAAACCUCCCUCGCGGCGUUAUCCUGCCAUUCCGGUUUGCCAUCGCUCGCCGGAAUCAAUUGAAAGUGUCAUCGAUAGUAAUUAAAAGUGAUUGAAGUGAGCCGUUUCGCGCUGACUAAAAAAACCCAAGCUCAUCGUGCGGAUGGGUGUUCUUAUGGGAGUUUGCAUCCUGUCGUGUCGUCGAUAGAUAGAGGAGUCUAUAGCGCAGUGCGGUGAAAAUUUUGAACGCAAUAGCGAGGUCCCGGAAAGGAUUUCAUUGGCACUUCUAGUGCUAACUGAAGAGGCAGCCGUGUACAGUGCACAGUGCGGACAUUGAUGUGAAUGAUCGGAAAAGGUGCUACAAAAUGAUGUCACAGCACUUGAACUCGAUGCUAGAGCAUCUGAAAAUGGGCUCGCUGAUGAAUAAGGACAAGGGCCAGCGGAGCACCACGGGCAACGGAAGUGUCACCAAUCACAUCGGCAACGGGUUCAACAACAACAGUAUUGCUGCUGGAUUAGGUGCGAACAACAAUAACAACAACAGCAUGACGAGCAUCCAAUCACCGGAUAACAACGGAUCGGUGGUAGAUGGAUCGACAGUGUUUCACGAGCACCGUGUCGAAUCGGUCAAGACGAUGAUGGGCUCGAAAGCCACCCCGACCAACGAUCAAGUGGCCAAUAAUCACCAAAGUAAAUCUAAUAACACUCUUACCGACGGUGGUGGCGGCCCAACAACCACGGGCCACAGCAAGUACGACCCGUCACGCAAACGAUGCAGUAUCUCGGUGCACGGUCAGCACAAUCUCCAGAGCUCCAACGGGGAUGCCAUCAGACCCGGUGGUGCCGGAGGAGUCUGCCGUGAACUAUCGCCCCAAUCGUUGCGAAUACACCGGAAAUCCUCGCAUGACAUUCGCAUCCUGGGCGCGGACGGGGAGAUGCUGCUGCACGAGGGCGGUGGCAAGAUGCCAACCGUGGUGAAACCGAUCAAACUGAAGAGCAUCACCACCAAGGCCGAGUCGUACGACACGCUGCAUGGGCGCGCUACCGAUGUGAUGCACUGUUCCCGGGAGGUCUGCAUGGGUAGCGUGAUGCUUCCGAACAUCGUCGGGACCGAACCGAGAAAAGCGGAUAUCGUACUGCAGCACGCCAAGGAAUUCCUGGAUCAGUACUAUUCGUCCAUCAGAAGGCUAAAAUCACCCGCCCACGAAGCCCGCUGGCAGCAGGUGCAGAAGGAGGUGGACUCGACCGGGUCCUACCAACUGACCGAGACGGAGCUGAUCUACGGGGCGAAGCUGGCGUGGCGGAACUCGUCCCGCUGCAUCGGACGGAUACAGUGGUCGAAGCUACAGGUUUUUGACUGCCGCUACGUUACCACCACCAGCGGAAUGUUUGAAGCAAUUUGCAAUCACAUCAAGUAUGCCACCAAUAAGGGAAACCUCAGAUCGGCGAUAACGAUUUUCCCGCAACGAACGGACGGCACGCAUGACUACCGCAUCUGGAACGCCCAGCUCAUCUCCUACGCCGGCUACAAGGGCCAAGAUGGGAAAAUUGUCGGCGACCCGAUGAAUGUGGAGUUCACUGAUUUCUGCAUCAAACUCGGCUGGAAAAGCAAAGGAACCGAGUGGGACAUAUUGCCGGUGGUGGUUUCGGCCAACGGGCACGACCCGGACUACUUCGACUACCCGUCGGAGCUUAUCCUGGAAGUGCCCUUCAGCCAUCCGCAGUACAAGUGGUUUGCCGAAAUGGGCCUUCGGUGGUAUGCUCUGCCUGCGGUGUCCGGAAUGCUGUUCGACUGCGGUGGCAUCCAGUUUACGGCGACGUCUUUUAGCGGCUGGUAUAUGUCCACGGAAAUCGGGUGUCGCAAUCUGUGCGAUAUCAAUCGGAGGAAUCUGCUCGAGCCCAUCGCAGUGAAAAUGGGUCUGGACACGCGAAAUCCGACGUCCCUUUGGAAGGACAAGACCCUGGUGGAAAUCAAUAUUGCCGUGCUGCACUCGUUCCAGAGUCGGAACAUCACCAUCGUGGACCACCAUACGGCUAGCGAGAGCUUUAUGAAGCACUACGAGAACGAGACCAAACUGAGAAACGGCUGCCCAGCGGACUGGGUCUGGAUAGUGCCGCCAAUGUCUGCCUCCGCCACGCCGGUUUUCCACCAGGAGAUGGCACUCUAUUAUCUGCGACCGUCGUUCGAGUACCAGGAAUCGGCACUGAAAACGCACAUUUGGAAAAAGGGACGAGAUUCAUCGAAAAACAAAAAACCGCGACGAAAGUUCAACUUCAAACAAAUUGCUAGAGCCGUCAAAUUUACAUCGAAAUUGUUCGGACGGGCCCUAUCACGACGGAUCAAGGCGACGGUCCUGUAUGCAACCGAAACCGGACGCUCGGAACAGUAUGCAAAGCAACUGGUGGAACUGCUCGGACAUGCAUUCAAUGCACAGAUCUACUGCAUGUCGGACUACGACAUCUCGUCGAUAGAGCACGAAGCCCUCCUGCUGGUGGUGGCAUCCACUUUCGGCAACGGAGACCCCCCGGAAAACGGCGAGGGAUUUAAAGAACACUUGAUUGAGUUACACAAGAAAAUGCUUUUCGCCCAGGAUCUGUACGCGAUGAAACUGCACGAAGGUGGCCACAGUCAGGGGCACAGCGAGCUCAGCAUUGCGGCCUCGUCGAAAUCGUUCAUCAAAGCCAACUCCCGCAGCGACAUGGGCAAGCUCGGACACAACAAUCGGAAAAUUGACCGGCUGGAUUCGCUACGGGGAUCCACUACGGACACCCUGUCGGAGGAUACCUUUGGGCCGCUGUCCAACGUACGGUUCGCGGUGUUUGCCCUGGGGUCGUCCGCUUAUCCGAACUUUUGCGCCUACGGGAAGUACAUCGAUAACAUCCUGGGGGAGUUGGGAGGCGAGCGGCUCAUGAAGAUGGCCACCGGAGACGAGAUAUGUGGCCAGGAGCAGGCGUUCCGCAAGUGGGCACCGGAAGUGUUUAAGAUCGCCUGCGAAACGUUCUGCCUGGACCCGGAGGAAACCCUAUCGGACGCGGCGUUCGCCCUGCAGAGCGAACUAUCGGAAAACACCGUCCGCUUCGCGCCGGUCAACGAGUACGACCGGCUGGAUGUGGCGCUAUCGAAAUUCCACAACAAAAAGGCAACCGAGUGCACACUGAAGCGGAAGGCGUUGAAUCUGCACGAGGGUUCGAACGGGAGCGAGCGCUCGACCAUUCUGGUGGAGAUCGUAGCGGAAGGGAUUGCUUAUGAACCUGGUGAUCACGUGGGUAUCUUUCCAGCCAACCGGCCGGAAAUUGUUGACGGCAUCAUAAAUCGCCUCUCCGGUGUUGAUAACCCGGACGAGAUACUUCAACUUCAAGUCCUGAAGGAGAAACAAACGCAAAAUGGAGUGUACAAAUCGUGGGAACAACACGAACGUCUUCCGAUAUGCUCUCUUCGGACGUUGCUUUCGCGAUUCUUGGACAUCACGACACCUCCUUCGCGACAAUUGCUAACCUUCAUGGCCACCUGCUGCGAGGACAAAAAGGACGAGGAACGACUAUUGAUGCUGGCCAAUGAGUCGUCAGUAUACGAAGACUGGCGCUAUUGGAAACUUCCGCAUCUGCUGGAAGUUCUGGAAGAGUUCCCAUCAUGCAAGCCUCCGGCAACGGUCCUAGUGGCUCAGUUGAACGCUCUACAGCCUCGCUUCUACUCGAUUUCCUCUUCACCCCGGAAGUAUUCCAACGAAAUCCAUCUGACUGUAGCCAUUGUCAGUUACCGAGCGGAAGAUGGCGAAGGAGCCGAACACUACGGAGUCUGUUCCAACUAUCUGGCCAAUUUGGAUGGCGACGACCAGAUGUAUCUGUUUGUGAGAAGUGCUUCGUCGUUCCACAUGUCGAAGGACCCAAGCAAGCCGGUGAUUUUGAUUGGGCCCGGGACGGGAAUUGCGCCGUUCCGAUCUUUCUGGCAGGAAUGGAGCACCAUCAAACAGGAGAUGCCGGAAACGGAGAUUCCAAAAGUAUGGCUUUUCUUUGGCUGCCGAACGAAGAAGGUUGAUCUCUACCGCGACGAAAAAGAGGAGAUGCUCCAGACCGGCAUUCUGGAUCGAGUAUUCUUGGCACUUUCCCGGGAAGAAAAUGUCCCUAAGACCUACGUCCAGGACCUGGCCCUCAAGGAGUCCGAUUCGAUCUUCGAGCUGAUCUGGAACGAAAAGGCGCACAUCUACGUCUGCGGCGAUGUCACGAUGGCCGAGCACGUGUACCAGACAUUGCGGCGCAUUCUGGCCACCAAACUGAACAAAACCGAAUCGGAGAUGGAGAAAUACAUGCUGUCACUGCGGGACGAGAACCGCUACCACGAAGACAUCUUCGGUAUCACCUUGCGGACGGCGGAAGUGCACAACAAGUCACGUGCCACGGCGCGCAUUCGGAUGGCAUCGCAGCCGUCGUAAUUUGAUUGGAAUCAGCCGUUGUUGGGGGAGUGCAUGGAUAUGUUAUAAAAAUGUUGGAAGUAUUCAACACAGGAAGGAUAGAAGCCUUGGGAUAAUUGUUUCUGUUUGCGAUUCUUGAGCACAACACUAAGUGACUCAUACCACUUACUUAAGAUUUUUGCGGUAUUACCCAACUGUAUUCUACUAUCUUUAAUUAUAUUUCAUUAUAAUGGAAUAAUCUUCGACAUUUCAAUUCACAGCACGGCAAAAUCACCAGUCUUAGAAAACAGCUCUUUGCACAUGUUUUUGUCAAAAAUAAAUUCCAAAUUAAGUGUGUGCACCCCAAUUUUUAAAUUAACAACUUGUAAAAAAACGAAAACCGAUAAGAUCAUUGGAGGGAAAAAACGGGUUAUGAGUUUAUCUUUGAAUACAGGAAUUCUGGAUUUGUUUUCAUUCAUUACUUAAUUAUUACUAGUUGAGGCUAUUCAGAGAUUCAAAAGUAGAUGCUAGUUCACUAUUUUAUGUUAUAUUUUCAGUUUUCUAAGCAUAACAAAAAUCCACGUAAUAUUGGUGAAAUUGGUGUUGCAUUUUACACUAAAAGCAGUUUUUUCGUUUGUUUUGAACCUAGUUAUAAUUUUUUUUUUAACAAUAACUGGGUCGCUUCCCUGGGACCACCUGAAGUGCCCUAGAGUUCUUGUGGAAUACCCCUGAUGACCGGCACAAACCUUUCAUUUAAGAGGGAACAAACCAUCAUCGUUUAGCAAAAACUCAAAAGUAGUUUUCUCGCUGAAAUCUCACCCAAUGUUAAUAAAAUUUUAUCACUGCACUCUGGCCUCCAUCUGGAUAACAGUGAAAUAAUUUUCAAUUAUGGUUUUGUGACUUAGAGGAAGAAAACUGCUUUUGAAAAAUUGAUGAUUGCUGAUGACUGAAUGAUGAUUAUUUGAGCCUUAAUUGAGUCCAGUUAGCAAGCAUAAAUUGAGGUGCCGCAUCUUUAAAGAUAUGUUUGUCGUUGAUGGCAAAUAACCCGACUCAAACCUAUCAUUGACCUGUUUUUAUUUUGAUCACCCAACAUACCGUAUAUGGAUAAUGUUUGCACCAUCGUACAAAUAAGGUUCCCAUAUCACCUGCACACACAAUAUCUUGGUUUUCUUUGCAUGCACGUAAUCUCUAACUCAUAUCAUAGUAGGCUGCGGGUUAAAAAACCGAUUUCUUAAGUUUAAGGUGAAGAUGUGAUGAAGCCACAGCUCGAAUUUUCAAGAGCACAAAUCUGAAGAACCUAAUGUCGGUAUGCGCUGAAAAGGUGAUCGAUUGGUCACCACCAGCGGGUAACCAAUCGAUCAACUUUUUAGCGCAAAUCGACAUUCGGUUCUUCAGAUUUGCUCUUAAAAAUUCGAGCUGUGGCUUCGUCACAUCUUUACCUUAAAAUUUGCACCAUGAAGAGGUGGCACCGGUAGUCGUGAUUUGUCCACGCGCAAAUGUUAAAAAAGACAUUUCAGGGGUGUCCACGCCGACGAGUUCACAAGAAUACCAGGGGUUCCUGAAGAUAACUGAUGGCUGAAGAAAGAAUGUACACACUUAUUUCUGAAUUGCCUGUUCGGUACUUUUUUGACGAGAUUAUAACAGCAGUACGAUCUCGGUAGUUUCGGUAAUCGAUUUUACUGAGGUUCAGUAAAACUACUGUCAAAAUUGUAUGGAAAAGGUAAACAAUGCAUUUUUGCUGCACGAGUUCGGUGCUCAGCAGUUUUAAUCUCGUCAAAAAAUUACCGAACUCGGUAAUUGAAAUUAAGUGUGUAGGGAUUCCGAAGAUUGAAGAAAAUGCUAGUGAUUCUGAAAAAAUGUUUUUGUCGUGUUCAUCUCCAGAAGAGAUGAAAUUUCUCCAGCAACUCUUUUGAGGAUUCUUCUAGCAGUUUCGCCAAGAAUUCCGCUAAGAGUGCCUCCGGGAGCUCUAGAAGGUCCUUCGUGAAAUCUGAGGGUUUCCUCCGAGACAUCCUCUAGGAGUUUCUCCGGGCAUUGCUACAGAAGUUUCACUGGGAAUUUUUGUAGUACUUCCUCUAGAAAUUCCUCUAAGAAUCACUCAAGGUAUUCUUUUGCGAAAUCCUCCGGGAAUUCAUCUAGAAGCUUUUCCUGGGAAUUCCUUUAAGUAGAAGCACCUCCGGGAAUUCCUCCACGAGUUCUUCAACGAGUUCAUUCGAGAAUUCCUUAACGAAUUUCUUUGGGAAUUCCUUUAAGAGUUCAUAGAAACUGCAGUUCCUUCUGUAAUUCCUCCAGGAGUUCUUCCGGGAAUUCUUCUGGGAGUUCUUCGGGUAAGUUCUGUAGGAGUCCCUCCUGGAAUUCUUCCAGGAGUUUCUUUAAGAAUUCUUCCGGAAAUUAUUUCAGAAGUUUCUCCGAACAUUCCUCUAGAAGUUCCUCUUUGAAUUUCUCUAGGACUUCCUCCGGGAAUUUCGCUACGAGUUCCUUCGGGGAUUCCUUACCGAUUUUUUUCCGGGCAUCACACUAACAGUUUCACCGUGACUUUCUCUAAGGUUCUUCCGGGAAUUCGACUAGGAGUUUGGGGUCAAAUUGUUCAUUUUAAAACAACUUUUGCGUAUAACAUUGAUGGCAAUUCGAAUAUUGCCAAAAGAAUUUCUGUAAAGUCAGUACUUAGUGGAUUUCUAUAAAAUCAUAUGACAGAAUUUUAUUCAACAAAUUUAAACUUUUAGGUAAAUUACUUCAAAAAUCAAAAAAUUGAAGAUGCCACUUUGGGGCGAAAUUGAUCUGUAUACAAAGCAUUGGUUAAAAAGAAUAAUUUCCUUAUCCACUUAAUUUUGCUUUUCAAACCCCGAAUAACUCGUCAAAACUCUUACAACUAGUGAAUUUGACCAAAUAUCAAAUUAAAUUUUGAAAUUUUUCCCUUAACGCCUAAAGGUAGGCAAUUUCCUUUGAAAUAAGUGAUAUGUAUCUGUUACAAUAAAGAACUUUUUCGUCAAAAAAAGAACUUUUUUAAACUUAUUCAUAUUCAGAAUAGCUUCAUAACUUUCCAACCAAGGCUCCACAAAAAUGUUAAAACAAAAAAAAAUACGGGAAGUCCUAGUGGCAAUCGAUUGUUUAGAAGCAAUGAUUUCAGCUAAGUGAGAAAUACAUUGCAAGUUCUUAAAAAAAAUAAGGCAAAACUAACUUUUUUCUAAACAAAUAAAAGUCUAAAAUCAUCUGGAGAUAUCUAUGAACAAGAUUUGGUAAGAAGCUCGAGAUCAUUGCGACGCUUAGAAGUUCCUGGUAUGCAAUUAGAAUGUAGUACCCAAAUUAUCAAUCAAUCAACCACCACGCUGAUCAAUUUGACCCCGGUUUACGUUACUUCCGGGAAUUCGAAUAUCUUCGGGAACACCUUUACGAGUUUCACCGGGAAGAAGUUCUCCAGGCAAUUUCACUACGUUGCACUGGGUAUGCCCAGAGUUUCCUUAGAAAAUUAUUUUAAGAAUUCCCCCGGAAGUUCCUCUUCAAGUUCUUUUGGAAAUUCCUCUAAAGUUCCGGGAAUACAUCCAGGAGUUUCCCCGAACGUUCUUCUAGGAGUUCUCCCAGGAAUUUCUCUAGAUGUAUCUGAGUUCCUCCGGGAAUUCCUCUACGAGAUCUUCCGGGAAUUUCGCCACGAAUUACUUGGGAAUUCUUCUAGGAGUUCCAUCGAGAAUUGGUCUAGAACUUCUCUCAGGAAUUUAUGUGGGAGUUCAUCCGGCAAUUUCUUUAGGUGUUCCUCUGGGAAUUCCUCUACGAGUUCCUCAGGGAAUUUCUUUACGCAUUUCUUUUGGAAUUGCUCUAGAAAUCCGGCUGGGAAUUCCUCAAGAAAUUCAUCCGGGAAAUCCUUUAAGAAUUCAUCCGGAAACUCAUCUAGGAACACCUCUGGUAAUUUCUCUACGAGUUCCUCCUUGAAUUCCUUUCCGAAUUUCUUCAGCAAUUUCUCUAGGAGUUCCUCCGGAAAUUCGUUCACAGGUUUUCUGCCAAUUACUUUACUAGUUGUUCUUAAAGUAUUUCUGAGAGCUACAGGGUGCGGCAGGAAAAAAUGAGAAAAGUUCAAGGCACUAUUACACGCUAAAUAUGGGAUAUAUAUGACUAUUUUUUCAUGACAGUGUAUCAGUCAAUGUCUAUAUUCUAGCACUACAAAAUAAAAAUGAACAUAUUUGAUGUUAAACAUGUGAAAAUGUAAGCCUAAUAAGCGGGUGUUAAAAUUGAACUAUAGAUGACGAAGAUAUCACUAUAUCUCUUUUCCAUGUUUUGUGAAAGUGACCCCAAACUUUUGGCUGAUACAUCAUAUCGAGGGGUGACCCCAAACUUUUGGUCGAUGACAUGAAGAGUUAAUUUACUUAAUAACUUUUUUUUUCUAAAUAUAAAUUAAAAGAAAAUCGCGUUAAGUACUGUUCCUUUGAAUUCCACUAAGAAUU